GCAAGCCAAUGUGUUAACAGUAAGCAAACAUUUUCUCUCUGUUACUAUUAAUUUAAAAUGUAGGUGCCUUUAAGGCCCUUUAAAAUAUUACAUAUGGCCCUAAUUAACUUUCUUUGUACGUGGUACAGUGAUAACUGUUGAUACUUUGACACUUACAGCGAUAACUGUUGAUACUUUGACAUCAUGGUAUGUACCAACAAAAGGAAGUGUUUUAUUACUUUCAGAACAUUUCCUGAAAAUUGCUGUUUCCUGCUGCCACUGGCUUGACCUCUCCUGCCAUUCCCAGGUUUAUUACACCUUUUUACGUGCCUAUGGGUAAAGGCGUGGUUUGACCUGUUAUCAUAUAUAAGUAAACCUUGGAAGAAAUUCUCCCAUAGUUGAUCAGUGAGACGUGUUGAAAGUGUGUGACAUACUUUCCCCAAAAAUGAGUAAAUGGAUUAUUAGCCAUGGACUGUCUGCUUCUAUACUGGUAGGUAAAUUCUUUACUAUAUAUAACAGCUUUCAUUUUUCAAUAUAACACACCAUAUGUCAAAAUUGUAUUUAUAUAUCCUCAAAUGCUUGUUUAAAAAUUAUAUUGUGUUGUUUAAUCUUCAUGUAUAGCUACACCUCAUGCGGUAUUUUUUAUUUACAUCAGAUCUAUGUUCAUUAACUACAUUCAUUAAGACAACCUACAAUGUGUUCAAAGAAAAAUUAAAAUAAAUAGUGAAAGGGACAGUUGUACGUUAAAAUUACAUUAAUAUCACUUGUAGCUUAAUCUUCAAUAUCAAAGGUACCAAACAUAGUUUGUUCAAUAUAACGACAAUUUAAAUGUGAUUAACUGCAUGACCAGAUUAGUAAUCCUCUUAAAUUUUACAUUGUUAAACAAUCCUGAGUGUCUGUUCUCACAGGGUGUGUGGAUGGCCAUCAAUACAUUUCUUUUUGUCUACUACUAUCGUCUUUAUAAUCUGGAGGAACGAUUCUUCUACACACGGCAUAUUCUCGGGUCUGCACUGCCGUGGGCCCGGGCCCCAGCUGCAGUUCUCAACUUCAACUGCAUGCUGAUCCUGCUGCCAGUGUGCCGUAACCUACUGUCACUCGUACGGGGGUCCUUAAUGUGUUGUGGAACCUCAGCGAGAAAACAGCUGGACCAAAACCUCACUUUCCACAAACUGGUGGCUUACAUGAUUGGCUUAAUGACAGCAGUGCACACCAUUGCCCAUUUAUUUAACGUGGAGUGGUACAACAACAGCCGACAAGGACAGUAUGAUGACUUAAGCACUGUCCUCUCCAAUCAAACCAACCUGAAUCCUAUUCUCUCAGCCUCUACCACGCCGACUAUCGUGGCGUUCACCACCAUCGCGGGGCUCACAGGCGUUGUCAUCACUCUGGCGCUCAUCCUCAUCAUCACCUCAUCCAUGGAGGUCAUCCGCCGGAACUACUAUGAGGUAUUCUGGUAUACCCACCACCUCUUCAUCGUCUUCUUCAUCGGGCUGGUCAUUCAUGGAGUCGGGCGGAUUGUCCGUGGUCAGGUGCACACUGAUGAUCAUGAUGUUUCCCUCUGUAAGGCCCAGCCACUGGCCUGGGGGAAGAGGCCCGAGUGUCCCAUUCCACAGUUUGAAGGGGGUUUCCCGCAGACUUGGAUGUGGGUAAUUGGUCCCAUGGUCCUGUACCUGUGUGAACGUGUGCUGCGCUUCAUUCGUUACAUGCAGCCUGUCAGGUACAGGAAGAUUGUCAUCCAUCCUUCGAAGGUGCUCGAGCUCCAGCUGGUGAAGGAUAGUUUUAAGAUGGAAGUGGGCCAGUAUGUCUUCCUGAACUGCCCUGCCAUCUCCCAGCUGGAGUGGCACCCCUUCACCAUGACAUCUGCCCCAGAGGAAGACUUCUUCAGUGUACACAUUCGCUCUGUGGGUGACUGGACGCAAAGCCUCAUCGAUAUUCUGGAGAAACUGCCAGAAGGGGCUGAGGGACCCAAAAUGGCAGUGGAUGGCCCUUUUGGAACUGCCAGUGAGGAUGUGUUUGACUAUGAAGUCAGUAUGCUGGUUGGCUGCGGAAUUGGAGUAACGCCCUUUGCAUCCAUUCUGAAAUCCGUCUGGUACAAGUUCAAGGAGUCAAACCCAAAACUAAGAACAAAAAAGAUCUACCUCUACUGGCUGUGCAGGGAGACACAUGCCUUUGAGUGGUUUGCAGAUCUCUUGCAUUUGCUUGAGAUGGAGAUGGAGGAGAGAGGAAUGGCAGACUUCCUUACCUAUAAACUGUACCUCACUGGAUGGGAUGAGAGUCAUAUUCACCAUGUGAAUGUUAACUUUGAACAAGACACUGACAUCAUCACAGGUCUCAAACAGAAGACACACUAUGGCAGGCCCAUCUGGGACAAGGAAUUUCAACAGAUUCGUAAAGAGAAUCCCACGUCGGUGGUUGGCACGUUCUUGUGUGGUCCUGAAGGAAUUGCUAAGACCUUGAAGAAAAAAUGCAUGAAGUUCUCAGAUGUGGAUCCACGAAAAACACAGUUCUACUUUAACAAGGAGAACUUCUAAUUGGAAUCACAGCAAGUCAUCCUCAAAAAGAAAUCCAUGGUUCAUUCCACCAAAAUGUGACAUUGUGUGGUAAAGCAUUUUGGCAUAAUCUAUUGCGGAAAGCAUUCAACAUCUUUACCAGGGAACCAUCAUAGAGCAGGUGUUUCCACUCCUAACCUUGGAGGUCCACAGUCCUUUAGAUUGUCCUCUGAUGACUGACCAUACCAAGUUUCAUAAUGCAUCAAAAGACCAAAUACAACAGUUGUGGGCACAACACAAUGCUAAUUUUCUUGUGACUCGCCACCUUUCUUUUCAUUUGCAUGAACAUGGGCUCUGCCGAAGACACAACCACAUAAAAGGAAGUGCAUUCUUAAUUUCCGUAUCAGACUGAGAGUAAGUCACCCAACCUAGUGCGUGUGUAACAAAAAGAAGCAAAUUAUAUUGUGUUUUUUGAGUGAAAUUGCUGCAUGGAAGUCAACCAUGAUUUAGAGUAAAUAGGAAUAAAUCAUUUAUCAGUGUGUCUUUUCAACAUGCAGAUCAAAGAUAUAGAUAAGAGAUAUAAGAUAACUAUUGCAUAAUGGCCAAGUGGAGCUUGUUCCUGUAUUUGUGAACUGAGAACACAAAGGCUAUAAGCCUUUGAGGCUAAUACAAUAUUUACAUACCUCAAAAUCAUGUCUUUACCAGUUGAAUGCAAUGUUCACCCAAAGGCAGGUAAAUACAGGAACUGAGACAAGCUUAUUCACCUGUUCUUGCUUUAAAUACAAAUUUAAUACGAAAUAAGAAAUAUAUUCAGAUAUAAAAAAUGCAACUUCAUAUUUUCAGAAUCAUUCCAAGGAUUGAUACUGUUUUUGAUCACUGUUGUUUUAAUAACAUCCACUCAACUCAGAGUUUCUAUAUUUCAAUGAAAUACUACAACAUUCUGUAUAUAUUGUAAAUACAUUAUCUAGUCUUUUGUCAUUUAAAUACAUGUAAAUAUAUUUGGGAAAUCUUUUUCAGUGAAAUUGUGUUGCUUUUGUCAUUUCACUUAUUAAACGAAGGACUAUUAUGGAGCAAGAGAAAAUCUUUA